AUGUUACUAUCCUUAGCCCUAACCGUUCUUACCCUCCCCCAUAUAUACAAAGCCGACCAAACAGACAACACCUGCACCGUCAUCCCCCUCGGCCAUGGUCGCGACGACGUUCCCAAUAUCCUCGCAGCAGUCCAAGAAUGCGGCCGCAUACCAGGAGGCAGUAUCCUCCUCCCAGAACCCUACACCUACCGAAUCAACCAACGACUAACCACCCACCUCGAGCACUCCACCCUAGCCAUCCACGGCACUCUACUCUUCAGCGACGACCUUACCUACUGGGUCAACAACUCCUACCGCGUCGACUUCCAGAACCAGUCCUCGGCAUGGCGCAUCACCGGCCACGACUACGAAGUCAACGGCGGGCCCUCGAUGGGCGGAAUCGACGGCAACGGCCAGCUCUGGUACACGUGGGCCCAAGGCGGGAGUAACGUCUUCGGCCGUCCGAUUCCAAUGCAUAUCUAUAACUCGACGCGUGCGGUGGUUCGGAAUUUCGCAAUCCGACAGCCGCAGUUCUGGGCGGUUUUGGUGGAUCAGUCGAGUCAUGUCCUGUUGGAGAAUUUUUACGUUAAUGCCACGAAUUCGGAUUCUCAUGCCACCGAGGAUACGGUGUGGAUUCAGAAUACGGAUGGUGUGGAUACUUUCCGGUCGGAUCAUGUUGUAAUCAAGGACUGGGUGUAUGAAGGCGGUGAUGAUGCUGUUGCGUUUAAGGGUAAUUCGAUGAAUGUCGUGGUGCAGAAUAUGACGGUCUAUGGGGGCCCCGGGAUUGCGUUUGGUUCUCUAGGGCAGUAUCCGGACCUGGUCGAUAUUGUGGAAAACAUCACGGUGAAAGAUGUGACAUUCCAACCAUCUUUCCAGCGGGCCAUCAACUCAGGGAUCUAUUUCAAGAGCUGGAUUGGGGUCAACUUUGGCAACCCCCCAAACGGAGGCGGCGGAGGCCAUGGAUAUCUGCGGAAUGUCACGGUAGAGAACAUCCAAUUCAAAGACGUACAAAUGCCGAUAUACUUUGACACCUGCCUGAGUUAUCUCUUCGACGAAGACAUCACUCAAUACUGCGACACAUCGACCUAUCGCUUCGAGGAUAUUCAUUUCAAGAAUAUCAAGGGAAAUGGCCUUGCCACCCCAACAGAUUAUCCAGGAGAGAACAUUACGUUUGCAGUCUCGGUGAUAUGCUCCGAAAAGGCAAGAUGUAGGGAUAUAACAUUCCAAGAUGUCGAUAUCAGCCUACCAGAUCAGUAUGAGGGAAAAUCGGUGCUGUGCCAAAACGCCGAUGUCGAUGGACUGGAGUGUAAUGUUUGA